CCGUUGUUUUUAUACUUAACAGGUGUAGGCUACUGUAUGAAGAGUCAAAUGGAUGACACAAGUGAACUAAAGGUGACAGAUUAGCAACUAAUAACUUAGCUACCGAUAGAUUUGAUCAAAAUACAUUAAAUAAAAACUGCCUGUGAAGAGGUAUGUACACAUUAUCUGUGGCUGGCUGAGCCUUGAGGGAAGGAAGGUACCAGCGGGUAUAAAGGCGUGGCAUUAAAACGGUCGCUCGGCACGGAGAGAGGAGGGCGACCUGAGCCGCUGAUCAGCAUCAGACCGCAGCGGAGAGAAGCCAUGAAGAGCAUCUUCUCAGUGUUCCUGCUUCUCACCUCAGCAGUGAGAGUGUAUGGCCAGGUUAAGGAGCUGCAAGGCAUUGUGGGAAGGAGCAUGGUGUUCCCAGCUGCAGGGCAGGAUGGGCGUUUGUUCUACAACACUGACCCCAUCGCCGUGGUGACCAGUGGCGUGGUUACGGAUUACUCAAAGGGGAAGUACGUGGACAGACUGCACUGGGACAGCAGCACAGGAUUCUCUCUCUCCGGCCUCAAGAUGAAUGACAAAGGAUUGUAUAAAGUUGUGAGAAACAAUGGGACUCAGUCUGUAGAGGAGAAAUACCAGCUGACAAUGUACGUUCCUGUAUCAAAACCCAAUGUCAGUGUCAUUAGUGAUGAAUAUCCCUGCAAGUUAAUGUGCACUGUGGAGAGAGGGACAGACGCGACCCUGACCUGGUACAGAGAGGGAGAGCAUUCUCCCUAUGACGCCCACCCUCCUCGCAGUGCUCCAGAUCUGUAUCUGUCUGUGCCUGUGGAGAAGAGCGGUACCUACACCUGUGAAGCGAAGAACUCUGUCAGUACUAAUACAUCAGACCCACUGACUGUGGGAGACCACUGCACAGCCCCUGGACUUCCUGCUCCUACGACCAGCACCUCGGGGAUCAACACGGGGGAAAUCGUUGCUAGUGUUCUUGGUGUUGUUCUCUUCAUCGCUGUCUUCGCUUUCAUUGCAGUUGUCAUUUAUUUCCACCGCCGUAUCAGUAAGUAUGAAAAGCAGAAACAGGGAGAGACUGCACCAAACACUGACGGACUGUUAAAACAGGGAGAGAACCAGGGAGAACCCACCCACCUGUAACCAACAGAAUGAUCCCACCCACCUGUAACCAACAGAAUGAUCCCACCCACCUUUGGCCAACAAAAUGAUCCCACCCACCUGUAACCAACAGAAUGAUCUGUCAAUGAGACUGGAGUGAGACCCACCCCUGACUGACUGAGAGACAACCAAUCACAUUCAAGCCCGUCCAGAGACAACCAAUCACAGUCAGACCCGUCCAGAGACAACCAAUCACAGCCAGACACAUCCCUCAGGCUCACUGACAGACAACCAGUCACAGUCAGACCCGUCCUGAGGCAACCAAUCACAGCCAGACAUAUCCCUCUGACCCACUGAGAGACAACCAAUCACAUUCAGACCCUUCCAGAGACAACCAAUCACAUCAGACCCAUCCAGAGACAACCAAUCACAGCCAGACACAUCCAUCUGACUCACUGAGAGACAACCAAUCACAGUCAGACACAUCCAUCUGACUCACUGAGAGACAACCAAUCACAGCCAGACAUAUCCCUCUGACUCACUGAGAGACAACCAAUCACAGUCAGACCCUUCCAAAGACAACCAAUCACAACCAGACACAUCCCUCUGACUCACUGAGAGACAACCAAUCACAGUCAGACCCGUCCAAAGACAACCAAUCACAGCCAGACACAUCCAUCUGACUCACUGAGAGACAACCAAUCACAGUCAGACCCGUCAUUCUGGUUAAUCAAACCACAUUCAAACACCCUCAUAUCGAUGAAGAAAUUGUUCAAAUCUAAAAGGGCAAGGACAGAAAGUGAUUAAUUUCUGACAAAUUCCACCGCCAGCCAGUUAUACUUGGUAGGAAUGAAAGAAUGAGUAUAGUAUGAAUCCACAUAAUAAUAAGUAUGGAAUGAUAAGUUUGCUAAGAUAACUGCUGUGUAACAUUGUUCUGUUGUGAAAAUGCAUGCAAAUCUUUGUUAUGUCAUUAUUGUUUACCAAUUUGAAGGGGUCUAUAUUAGUUUUUGCUGUGAUAUACGCUCACUGAGCACUUUAUUAGGAACAUUUUUAUUACACCUACUUAUUCAUACAAUUAUCAGCCAAUCGUAUGGCAGCAGUGCAAUGCAUACAAUCAAGUAGAUACAGGUCAGGAGCUUCAGCUAAUGCUCAUAUCACCCAUCAGAAUGGGGAAAAGAUGAAAUCUAAGUGACUUUGACUGUGGAAUGAUUGUUGCUGGCAGACAGGGUGGUUUGAGUAUCUCAGAAACUGCUGAUCUCCUGGGAUUUUCAUGCACACUAGUCUCUAGAGUUUGGUGCAAUAAAAAAAAUUCUAAAUACAAUGAGCAGCAGUUCUGUGGACAGAAAUGCCUUGUUAAUGAGAGACGUCAGAGGAGAAUGGCCAGACUGGUCAAAGCUGACAGGAAGGUGACAGUAACACAAAUGACCACGCAAUACAACAGUGGUAUGCAGAAGAACAUCGCUGAACACACAGCGCAUCAUAACUCUAAGUGGAUAGGCUAUAGCAGAAGUCUAAAAAAUACGUAAUAAAUACCUAAUAAAGUGCUCACUGAGUGUAUACUACUGUAUGAGUUCACUCCACUCUUUUUUCAGUAAUAUAUCUGACCUGUGAGAGAGGAAGGCGAGCUGAAACUACUUUAUAAAAUCCCCCAGAGAACCCAGAACCCCAAACAUGUAGGGACCACUCACCCCUCAUAAUGUCAUGUAGUGGUACAUUUAUAUCUGUGUAUGCUGUACUGUAGUGCAGGUGUGUGUGCGUGUGUGUGUGUGUGUGUGUGCGUGCGUGUGUGUGUGUGUGCAUGCUGUACUGUAGUGCAGGUGUGUGUGUGUGUGUGUGUGUGAGAGAGAGAGUGUGUGUGUGUGUGUGUGCGUGUCUGUGUAUGUCUGUGUGUGCAUGUAUGUGCAUGUGUGUAUGUGUGUGUGCUUGAGUGUGUGUGUGUGUGCGUGUGCAUGUAUGUGCAUGUGUGUAUGUGUGUGUGUGCUUGAGUGUGUGUGUGUGUGCGCGCAUGUGUGUCCAUGUGUGUGUGUAUGUGUGUGUGUGUGUGCAUGUGAUCAGUUCAAGACCUUUCUCAAUGUGAAAUAUUGCUUGAUAUUUUAUGAAAUGGCCACAUUAAUAGCAGGCCAUUUUAGACCCGUGUGUUCAGUCCAGUAAGAGUAUGAAUUAGGGACCAGGUGCUGAAGAGAAAGAACAGAGUCACUGAGUACUGGAGCAGAGUGAGGAACAGAGUCACUUAGUACUGGAGCAGAGUGAGGAACAGAGUCACUGAGUACUGGAGCAGAGUGAGGCACAGAGUCACUGAGUACUGGAGCAGAGUGAGGCACAGAGUCACUGAGUACUGGAGCAGAGUGAGGAACAGAGUCACUGAGUACUGGAGCACAGUGAGGAACAGAGUCACUGAGUACUGGAGCAGAGUGAGGAACAGAGUCACUGAGUACUGGAGCACAGUGAGGAACAGAGUCACUGAGUACUGGAGCAGAGUGAGGAACAGAGUCACUCAGUACUGGAGCACACACACUGGAGUGAGGAAGGUGCAUCUGAGGUGUGACAGAGGGAUCUGUUCUCCAUUUGCACCUUUAAUUACACUGGAUAUCAACAUUCCUUAUUAUUUUUGUGAACUUUUUCUCAUGAAAGUGCUGUAAACAUUGCUAGUUUUAUUUUCAUUUUAUUAAGUGAACCUCAGUUAUUUCCUUUACCAUUUUCUUUCAUUCAUUCAGUGUCAUACAUUAAUGUGGGGGAGUGGGUUAAUGUUAUUUCAUAUCAGUACACACUGCCAUUAAACCAGGCCCCAGACCUGCAUGCACUUGCCAUAAGAGAGACUUUGAAUAACUGACAAUCUACCCUGAAAUAUCUGUGUGCUCUUGCUUUUCAUUGUGAUUUUAUGAAAUUCUGUUGACUCAAUGUGAUCUUUUUUUGCUGUAUCCAUGAGCUUUGCAGUCAUUGUGGUAUGUACAAAUACCCAGAAUGCCUUAUUUCUCUGAUAUUGUUUGUCUGAUCCUUUUGUCCUCCUGUGACUAUAAAAGGUUUUCUAUGAUUGAUGCUAAAACAAUAAAGCUUUGUGCUCAAAUAA